ACAUAAGUCUAAUUUCUAUAAUGUACUUGCGCAAUAUUUUUGGAACAAACAAACAGUUUAUCAAUUUUCUUCAAGACAGGUUGCCUUCCGGGUGAGAAUAAGAAUACUUUUCUAACAUAUUUCAUUCUAUGCAACCAUCUGCAUAAUCACUUUCCAAUUGGCAAAACAAAUCCAUGUUGCACGCAACUGUCAAUUCGUCCAUUCUUGAACUUGACAUAUAAUUUGAAGGGGCAGGCCAAUCAGACCUAUGCACAUACAUAUGUAAUUGUCCUCACUAAUCCGGAAGCAGGAUUGUCGAUGAAGUCUAAAAUUAAACUUAUUGAUACAUCUCUAGUAUUACUUUACAUGAGUUUUAGUAAAUACACAUAUUCCGACAAGAAGUAUAAAUACUGAAGGUAAAUGUAGAAACUGGGUCAUAAAUUCAUUUGGACCUGCUUUCGAGAACAUCUCACUCUAACAAUUUUUCCUGGACUUGAUUUUCUCCUGGCAUCAUGGGUAUCAAACUCGCAAUCAACGUUCUCCUUCUUGUUGCAGUUUUUCAGAUGACCUGCCAAGCUGCACCACCAAAAGGUCAAGGGAAGGGAAAGGCAGCAGCAAUCAUAACAAAAAAGCUGAAAUCGGCAACACCCGCACAACUCAAGCAGUAUCGAAUGAUGGCAGCAAAGCGCAUGGUGACCGAUCUAGCGAAGGCAAUGCAACCACUAUCCACCAACAAGGAUGUCCCGCUCGAGGUCCAAACCUCGGCGAAAUUGGCACUCGAAGGCAUCAAUAGUGGAAAAUUGACUGGUAUUUUGGCCAAAGCGAUACCUGACAUCCUUCAAAAAGCCUCAGCGCAAGUGGGCAAACCUGCCGAACAGAUGCAAACUAUUUUUAAAUCCAUACUCCCAAACUCUCCCAGAGAUAUGGUAAAUCCUCUCCAAGGGACGUUGACCUUCUUGUCAGCCAACCUGGGUGGCGUUACCAAUAUUUUGGGCAGUGUGGCUGGCGGUGCACCCGAUCUUUUGGAGGGAACGGUCAGGUCACUUUCAGGAACGUUAGGAGCGGUUACAGAUUCAUUAAAUGGGUCGGUCGGAUCACUUGGUAAUCUGAUGGGAGGUUUGUUAGAUGGUUGAAUGCCUUUCAACCCAUGGCAAAAAUUUAUGUAGCGCUUUACUGUAACUCAUCAAAAUUUACUAACUGUAAUAAAGAACAUCGCACCAAUUGAGCUUGUCAAAAGUCA